CAAAAGAAGAUAUCAAACAUCAGCAGAAAUCAGUUGGAGUCCAUAUUCAAGGAGCUGGAACACAAAGUCAUCACUCUGAUAAAGAAUGAGCUGAAGAGGUUUAGGAAGCUCCUGAGUCCAGAUUACCCAGCAUGCACUGAGAGGGAGGUGGAGGAUGAGGAGGAUCUGCACAGUGUCCGAGAGGGAGUGCUGAAGAUCACACUGCACGUCCUGAAGAACAUGAACCACACAGAUCUCGCUAACACAUUGCACAACAAACUCACCUCUGUGUAUCAGCCAAAGUUCAAAUCCAAACUUAGAGAGAAGUUUAAACGAAUUAAUGAAGGAAUCUCACAGCAUGGAAGCUCAGCACUUCUGAACGAGAUCUACACAGAGCUCUACAUCACAGAGGGUUGGAGUGGAGAAGUCAAUAAUGAACAUGAGGUGAGACAGAUUGAGACAGCGUCCAGGAGACCAGCAACACAGGAGACACCCAUCAAAUGUAAUGAGCUCUUUAAAGACAAGUCCAUCAGAAGUGUGCUGACUAAAGGAGUUGCUGGAAUUGGAAAAACAGUCUCUGUGCAGAAGUUCAUUCUGGACUGGGCUGAAGGAAAAGCAAAUCAGGAUGUCUUCUUCAUGUUUCCACUUCCCUUUAGAGAGCUGAAUUUGAUGAAUCAGGAAAAUCUCAGUCUGAUGAGUCUUCUUCACCAUUUUUUCCCUAGAAAUUAG